AUGGAGACGUUGGCUUUUCUGACAGAUAAGCAGUUACUGCAGUUUUUACGCUGUAGUAGGACAGAGAUGUCGUGCAUGGUGCAACCACACACCUUUCUUAACCAGCUCCGUGACCACCACCUCAUUCCGGAGAACAUGUACAAGAAGCUGAUUUUGAUUAGGAGUAAGGAGCUGAGGGAGAAGGGUGUGUACCGGGUGUUGGACUGGGUGGAGGCAGAGAGGCCCGACAGCAUCAAGGUGUUCUGGAACUGUGUGUUCAGGGAUCACCUCCUACAGCAGUAUCCCACGUUACGCCUGCUACGAAACCGCCUGCUGGACGGGUCGUUCACAUUCUAUGAGAAACUGCCAGAGAAGGAAGAGGAGGAGGAUAAGAAGAAGAAGGCUUCAGCAGAAGGAGGAGAGGAGGAGGAGGAGAAGACAGGAAGGAAAAAGAGGAAACAGAAAAAGAGAAGUGCGAGUGCGGAGGAGGAGCAGCCCAGCACAUCCACCCAGUCCACCCCCAGUCAGAAGAGGAAAGUCCAGAGGCUCAAAUACUGCUCUCCUUUCAGGAAGGGGGAGAAAGCUGACAUCUGGACCUGGCCAAUCUACAAGAGCCAGCUCCCAGUCACCUGUGGGGACAAAGAAGGCAUGCUCAACAGGGACAAGCUGGCCAAAGGGGAGAAGUGCAUUGUGGUCCAGGGUCGCUGGUUCACCCCAAGUGGCUUUGAGGAGUUUGGGGGGAAGAAGAGCCGUAAGAACUGGAAGUACAGUAUCCGCUGUAGAGACACCACUCUGGAAAAACUGAUCCAGGAAGGCCAUUUAUCUUCACCAGACUUUAAAAGAAGAAAGUGUGCACAGGCCAAGAGAGCACUGUUUUCCUCCAACCAAUCAGCGGGCUCAAUUACAGGAUCUGAGGAGGAUGAUGGUGAGGAGGAAGAGGAGGAAGAAGAAGCUGAGCAGGAAAGAGAGGAAGGAGAGAGAGGAGAGCAGGCAAAUACUGCUGGAGGAGAGAGCAGUGCAGGAGUCAGCCAUGGUGUUGUGAAAAAGUGUGUCUUCAAAGUCACCUGUGGAGCCAUCAAUGGAAUGCUACAUAAGGAUCGGUUUGCAUCAGGGUCGUGUGGAAAGAGCAUCCGUACGGAGCUGUGCUGGAUGACCCCGAUGAAGUUUGUGACGGAGGGGUCAGCUCUGGAAGAUCCCUCCUGGAAGAAAGACAUCCAGUGUGACGGGAAACCACUCAGCGUGCUCAUCGAGAGUAAGCUCUUGCACAUCCACUCUCUCCUGUGUAAGUGCAAGCUGUGCAGCUCCACGGUCAAAGACCAGCACGAUCAAGAUAACGAUGACGACUGCUUCAUCUGUAGAAGCCAGGGCAGCUUGAUAUGCUGUGAUAAGUGUCCUCGCUCCUUCCAUCAGAGAUGUCAUCUUCCUAAUGUGGAUGACGCUAUGCUGGGGGAUAAUCGUACGUGGAUGUGUACAUUCUGUGUUCUGGGGGCCAGUCAGUUGUGGCGCUACCCCAAACAAAUGACCUACCAGGAAGCCUUGACCUGCCGAAUCUCUGACCACCUACUGGAAUGCCAGUACCUCCUGCUGUGUCUGUACAAAGAGGACGAGGACAACAUCUUUGUGACAGAUCCUUGCAUCAAUGUGAGAAACUACACCAGUGUGAUAAAGACUCCGAUGUGGCUGGGCAGGGUUGUGGAGAAGCUGCAGCAGAAUCUCUACAAAACAGUGCAACACUUUGUGUCUGACGUGAUGUUUAUCUUCACCAACUGUGCCACAUUUAACAGGGAUAAUGCAGAGUUCCGUGAAAUGGGCGAAAGAUUGAAGGAUCUAUUUGAGAGAGAGUUCAAGAGUACAUUCAGCAUUCAACUUCAGCAUCCAGCUGCAUCCAACAGCCAGUAGAGCCUUCGUCAAGUCUGUACUGUUAUCUCUCUAUGAGACAACAGGGAAUAUUCACCAUGCCCUGGUCCUUCUAUACAGCCUUUAUACAGACUUGUACACCAAGUUGUACAGAUCUUAUUUUCCAUGCAUGUACAUUAUUUUCCAUCUAGUCCUUUAAUGAAUUUAUUUCAUUCAUUCUACCAGUCAAAAAUGGGUGUGAUAAUAAUUUAAAUAGAAUGAUGGUGAUAACAUUACAUUUCAUACAGUAAAUGUUGCUUUGCUAACUUUUCAUGCAAAACCUUAGACUUCCUUACCUUCCAGGUUUCAUACUUCUGGUUAAGCCAUACUAGAUUUAUGUCCAGGGAUUCUGUCAAAAAUAAACUAAUGAAUUUAUAAAACAUUGUACAACGUA